AUGGAGUCAGACAGUCUAAAAUACCAAGGGAGAUGCAAGGAGUUCGGUAACGGAUGCACGUGGUUGAUCCGGAUAGUCAUGCGGAAAAGGAAGAGCACAUGGGAAGUUAGGAGGUACAACGGACCACACACGUGUAUGGCCACAUCAAUUUCGAGCGACCACAGGCAGCUUGAUUAUCAUGUGAUUUGUGCAAGAAUUUUUUCAUUGGUUAGAGUUGAUGCGUCGGUAUCGAUUAAGGUGUUGCAAGAGGCAACAGAGGCAACAUAUGGUUUCAAGCCAAGUUAUCGGAAGGUGUGGUUGGCAAAGCAGAAGGCAGUAGCACAGAUCUACUGCAAUUGGGAGGAGUCAUAUGCAGAUCUGCCCCGCUGGAUCCUUGGGGUCAUGUUAACCAUGGACGGUUCCGUUGCUCUACUGAAGAUCUCCCCGGUUAGAGUGGGUGACCAGGUUGAUGAAGAAAGAGUCUACUUUCAUCGCAUGUUUUGGACAUUCCCUCCAUGUGUUGAGGCAUUUCGCCACUGUAAGCCACUCGUCAGCAUCGAUGGGACACACUUGUAUGGUAAGUAUGGAGGGACGUUGUUGUUGGCGAUUGCUCAGGAUGGGAAUUCGAAUAUUUUGCUUGUUGCGUUUGCACUAGUGGAAGGGGAAAAUGCUGAGUCUUGGUCAUAUUUUCUGUCCAAUCUUAGAAGACAUGUUACUCCACAGGAAGGUAUUCUCGUCAUCUCCGACAGACACAACGGCAUCAAGGCUGCGCUAGAGUCACCAGAUAGUGGUUGGCGACCUCCGCAUGCUUAUAGGGCAUUUUGCAUUCGGCAUGUUGCUGCAAAUUUUGCCCUUACCUUCAAGGGACAAGAUGUCAGAAGGUGGCUGGUUAACGCCGCUUAUGAGAAGACAGAAGCAGAAUUUGACUAUUGGUUUGAUAUAAUGAGGUCAGAGAACCCAGCCAUGUGUGAUUGGGCAAACAGGAUGGAUUAUGAGAUGUGGACACAGCACAAGGAUGGGGGCAGACGAUAUGGUCACACGACGACCAACAUUUCUGAGUGUGUGAAAUCUGUUUUGAAGGGCACAAGAAAUCUACCAGUCGCGUCCUUGGUUAAGUCCACCUAUCUUCGCCUUGCUGAGUUGUUCAUUGUCCGGGGGCAGACGGCAGAGGCACAGUUAGGAUCCGGUCAAAGGUAUUCGCAGGCACUUAUGAGGGCAAUUGACAGGCAACCACUCACAGCCUCCCCAUUGACAGGCAACCCAAGCUGA